AUGCAGUCGCGAAAGCCGCAGGCACCCUCGAUAUUCACCGCGAGGACCCCGAACCCGAAGGCCUCGAACCCGAUCCCCUCCUCGUCACCAGCUUUCGCGACCCCCGCUGGCACCCUCAAACCCUUCUCGGUCGCGCCCGCAAAGGCAACCAUCUUACCAAUUCUACUCCCGCCGGCGACCCUGCGACCUUUGGCGUUCAGGACGUUCACCAAGAAGCACAGCUUGACGCUCACAUCGUCGGCGUUGCAGGAACUAGCUACGUUUAUCGGCAGACACUGCGGCUCAGGAUGGCGCGAGGAAGGUCUGGCAGAGAAGGUCCUGGAAGAGGUCGCAAAGGGCUGGAAGAAUAGGAAUGGCGGCGUCAUCGUGGACGGAUCGAGCAAGGAACUCAAGGACAUCCUCAAGACCCUCGAGGGCAACAUGAGCGGUGGAAGGGUAGCAACCGGUCGCGAGCUUAGUAGGCACAACAGCCUCGCCAUCGAAGCCCUGGAUGAGGCAGAUUUGUCAAACACUCGACUUGGGUUAAGACCCACCACGUUGGUGCGUGAUGAUAGCCAGAGGAGUUUUGGCAUGUCGGCCCUCGACAUGGACGAGGAGGAUACUGGGGACGAAGAAGGCCUGAAUGACCCUCGCCAUUGGAUGAAGGUCAUCAGCGCCUAUGACCAGCCCAGGAUGCUCUACAAUGUCUCUAAGAAGCACUUCGAGCGGGACCCUUCCAAACCAUCUCAGAUGCCCUCGGCAUUACACAAGACCACCCUUUUCAGGAACAGAUAUAACGUCAUACAUCAGAGACUAUUACGGAACGAGUCUUUCCAGACCUCAGCGGUUGCGACUACAAAGGCGGGACCGCCGGCUUUGAAACGCUCCUCAUCAUCGGUACUCACCAAUCAACAGACACACAAGAUUACCCCCAUCGCGAACUUGCUGGGUCGUCACGGUAGCCAUCACAUGCUCUUGGGGCUACUGUCCAUCUCUCCUACUGGAACUUUGACGAUCAAUGACUUGACCGGAACCAUAUCCCUUGACUUGACGCAAGCCGUGUCGAUACCAGAGGAUUCGGCCUGGUUUACCCCAGGCAUGAUCGUGCUUGUCGAUGGCAUAUACGAGGAGGAGGAAGAGUCUGUGGGCAAAGGGCUGGGAGCCAGUAACGGAAUUGGCGGCAUUAUCGGCGGCCGUUUCCAGGGGUUUUUCAUUGGACAACCUCCAUGCGAAAAACGAAAGGCCACACUAGGCGUAAGCGGCUUGGACGGCGGUCAAGAUCACACUAUAGGAGGUGGAUUUGGCUGGAUCGAUUUCCUGGGUGUUGGCAGCGAGCGAGCUGUAGGGUCCAAGAUGCGCAAGGUGGAACAACGCGUUCUACGCCAAGCUGAGUCGGAUGACCCUGAGGCCCCGAGUCGGGACCGCGUGGUUAUCCUUGGUGAGCUCAACCUGGACCAGCCGCGUGCUCUGCAAGCACUCCACAAGAUCCUCACCAUCUACGCCACCGAACCCGAGGGCUCUUCGCCCAUGACAUUCGUACUUACAGGCAACUUCACGCAGCAUGCUGUGAUGGCUGGUGGUGGGGCAAGUGGCGGCAGCGUUGAGUACAAGGAGUACUAUGACUCCUUGGCUUCUGUCCUGUCCGACUUCCCUACCCUCCUGCAGACAGCCAACUUCAUUUUUGUGCCCGGGGACAACGACGGUUGGGCAUCUUCAUUUUCCGCAGGGGCUGCUGUGCCACUGCCGCGUAAGUCUGUGCCAGACAUGUUUACGUCUCGGGUUCGGAGGGCCUUCGCAACCGCAAAUGCAGAGCCAGGGGUGAAGAAAGGAGGCGAGGCCAUAUGGACGUCAAACCCGGCACGACUCAGCGUCUUCGGGCCUGCUCACGAACUCGUGCUGUUUAGGGACGAUAUCUCUGCUCGCUUGAGACGGACAGCUGUGCGCCUAAAGCCUACCAAACACAACACUGAAGACCAGGAGAACAGUGUACCCGUUGAGGAGCCCGCAGAAGAUAUGGACAUGUCGGGUGCCCUGCAGGACCAGGUCUUAGCUGCCGACACUAUGGACGUUGACGCUGCAGGUGCUAAGCCUACGACAUCCGAAGUGUCCUUUGACGUGCAAGCCGCCCGCAAGCUUGUCAAGACAAUAUUGGAUCAGGGAUAUCUAGCCCCGUUCAGACAGCAGAUCAGACCGGUCCAUUGGGAUUACGCCUCCGCCCUACACCUAUAUCCGCUUCCCACGGCCAUGGUCCUCGUAGAUGCCACGGCGCCGCCGUUCUGUGUUACCUACGAAGGAUGCCAUGUCAUGAACCCCGGGACGGUGCUCGUCGCCGGACGCAGGGGUGUAGGAAGGUGGAUCGAAUACGGACUGGGAGGUAAGGGCCAGGUGAGGGAGUGUCUGUUUUAG